AUGACUAAAGCCCAUAUGUCUACUAGGAAGCAUCCAUCAACAAAUAUAGAUGAAAGCAGUGACAUACUGGAUAGCGAAACCACUGAUACAUCUCUAACCGGUACAACUGGAAGCUAUGAUCCAUUCCAAUGGCGUCCUGAUGAUUCACACCCCCGUAGAUUCAUCCAAAGAGAAAGUUCAGUCAUAUUAGCAACCACGGGGGAACGGGUCCAUCGGCAGAUCACAUUCUCAUCAUCAGCAACACACCUAAAUGAAAGCGAAUCAUUGGUAGGAGGAGAUCGCCCCAGCCCUUUAUAUCAUCCUUCUUCUCGAUUUGAUUGCUUAAUAUUACAACCACUACAAAUGCUAUACUAUGACAAGACUUUCCGAGAGGUGAUGAAAUGUUGUAUAGCUUACUUGAUUUCCACCCUUGGGGUAUAUUGGGCUCCAUUUGAUCACUUUUUUGGCAAUACCGAUUCAAAGCAUAUCAUUGCCACUGUUGCAAUAUAUUUCCAUCCCACAAGAACUAAAGGUUCCAUGCAUCAGACGUUGAUCUUUGUGAUCAUAUCGGUUACAUUUUCAUUUGCUGUUUCAUUGGCAUGCAGGUGGAUUUCAGCUAUAACAUAUAAGAAAGGAGCAGAUGAGAUUAGUCAUCUUAUAGAUUUGGUGUUUAGUUCGGUUGCCUUGGGUAUUGUGGCUUUUAUGAAACAAAAGGUUAAUAAGGAAACAUUCAACACUGCAUGUUCGCUUGCAAGUAUUACAAUUGUUUUAUGUAUAAUAAAGGAAGGAAGUUUGAAUUCUGCCGCGGUGCCCCUUGAGAGAAUCGAAUCGACAUUUAAAGUUGUAUUGGUUGGUUGUCUUAUUUCAGUGGGGUGUUGUUAUCUACUAUGGCCGGUUAGUGCGGUAAACCAAUUACAAGGGGUGUUAAAUGAUUCAUACAAUCUCUUCUCGUCAGUACUAUCAAUUUUGACAAGAAGAUUCAUAGCUGGGGAACAAUUUACCACAAAAGAUAAUGAAAUGAUAGACAAAUUGAAGAGUAAUAUCAGUUCGUUGUUAAAGAGUCUCGAAGAAGCUAAAUACGAAUUGCGAUUAAAAGGAAGAGAAGAUGAAUGGAAAAUUUUUAGUGAAUUAGUCAAUUCCACUAUUUCCUUAGCUAGACACUUACAAGCGUUGACUGCAGCUGUGAAGAUGCAAUGGACGUUAUUAAAUGAUUUCCACAGUCAUGAGAUUGAAAGACUGUCGAAUAUGAGCUUCCAAAGUUCGGCCGGUGCAAGUUUUGAUAUCCCUGAAUCGGUAAUAAAUAUGGAAAAUCCCAAUGCCCCUACUGCCCCAGAAAACGAUGCACUAAGUUCGUUGCAGUUGUUUGAUUUGUUUGUUUACUAUUUAACACCGUCAAUCAGAUCUCUAGUGUUUACGAUAAAAGGUGUAUUAUCCCAAGUUCCGUUUGAAAAAUAUUCCGAAGAGUUUCCGAAUCAAUUCGCCAAAACAACAACAUUACAACAUUCAUUAGAUAGUGCUAUUAAAUUAUAUGAGGAAAAGCAAGCUCAAUCUUUAGAAAAAUUAUACGAGCAACCUAUCUUCAAGCGAGAUGCCGAUUUCCUUUCCACAGCCGAUCAAGAAGAAGUAGGUGCAUGCUGUGGGAAUUUUUCAACCUUGCUUUGUAAUUUCGCUUUGAAAUUAUUGGAAUUCAUAAAGUUAUCAGAACAGUAUGAAGAGGCACGCGCAAAACCUCGUCAAUGGCCCUGGUUGAGUUUCAGGUGGAGAGGACCAAAAGGUACAACUACUGAUGAAAUGUUAGCACAAGCCAACAGUCUUCAUGCAGCCUUGGAUGAUUUAAAAGAACAGUAUGGGUUAAGCGGACUUAAGAAAGAGUAUUCGGGUAGAUGGGAGUACGGAUUAUGGCGUAUGUCUAAGGUAUUAAAGAGAACUGAUGUUCAAUUUGGUAUCAGAGUAGGGUUGGGAGCUGCAUUCUUGGCUGUUUUUGCAUAUUUGGGAGACACAAAGGAAAUCUUUAUUACUUGGAGAGGUGAAUGGGCCUUAACGGUUUAUUGUAUUAUGAUGAAUAGGUCUGUGGGAGGUACUUCUCUGACGGUUAAAUGGAGAAUCAUCGGAACGUUACUUGGAUGUUAUACUGCGUACGUCAUCUGGAUGAUUACUGAUGCGAAUGUUUUUGCUCUAUCUUUUACUGGUUUCCUCAUCUCAAUACCAUCAUUUUACAUUAUCCUUUACUGGAAACAAAACCAAUCAUUUGGAAGAUUUAUCUUGUUGGCGUAUAAUUUAACUGCAUUAUAUUCCUAUAGUAUGCUUCAAAAAGAUUCAGAGGAUGACAAGGAAGGUGGAGAGAAUCCUUUAAUUUCAGAAAUAGCCUUCCAUCGUUUCGUAGCUGUUUCUGUUGGAAUUGUAUGGGCUUUAUCAAUGGCAAUGUUCUUCUUACCAACAAGUGCCAGAGCGAGACUUAAGAGAGGAUUACCUAUUUUAUGGUUAAGAUUAGGUGUUAUUUGGAAUAGUGAUCCAUUGGAAUAUGACCCGGAAACUAUGCAUCUUGUUGGAUUCAAAGCAGAGGAAGGUACGAAUAAGCUAUUGGCCGAGUGUGAGACACUCUUAAAACAUGCACCCUUGGAAGUUAGAUUAAAAGGACCAUUCCCAGUGAGUGCAUAUACCAAAUUAAUCCGAGAAACAUCUUCAAUCCUUGAUGCAUUUCAAAACUUGGACUUGUUAAUCAAAGUGGACACCACACUAUCGCUGAAUGAAGAGUAUGUUUUGAAAUAUAUCGCAGCAGAACGAGACGAAGUGGAACAUAGAAUCUUUUUGGUUUUCUAUAUGCUUGCAAGUACAAUGAGAUUAGGGUUUCCAUUGCCAAGCAAACCAGCGUCAAUAGAACAUGCGAAGGAUAGAUUAUUAUACAAGCUUCAUGAGAUCAGAGGGUUGCAAGGUCAGAACGGAAUAUCUCUAAAGAAUGCUGAUUUUGUUUUGUUGUACUCGUAUAUCUUAGUUGCAUCUGCAGUUUCUGAAAGAUUAGAAAACAUACAAAACCAGAUCAAAGAGUUGUUAGGAGAGAUAUCGGAAGAUAAGUUUCAAUUAGUUUAG